GCAAUGUUUUGUAAUCUAUGCAGUGCUGAGGAAAUAGGUGCUAUCAGCUAUGGCUAACAACGUUGUUGCUGUUGUUAAGGUAGCAACUCUUCCUCUUCCUUCAUUAUCCAUAAAACACAAUGCUUUCACUUUCCGCCAUAAGAUUAAGAGCCAAAAACGUAGACUUCAUCUGAAUUUUUCUCAAACCAAUUACACAACAACCUCCUCCUCUUGUUCCUUCUCAUCUUCGCCCCUUAAAAACAAAGGUAGUAGUUGCUUUGUUGUGGCGUGUCUUCCUUCUCCUUCUGAAUCCUCAAACUUAUCUUCUUCUACUACACCCUCUUCUUCAACUAAGCUCUAUGUUAGUGGAUUAUCAUUCCGUACAACUGAAGAGAGCUUGCGGAAUGCAUUUAAGAAUUUUGGUCAACUUGUGGAAGUCAAUCUGGUGAUGGAUAAAAUUGCAAAUAGACCAAGAGGGUUUGCUUUUCUUCGUUAUGCAGCUGAAGAAGAGUCUAGGAAAGCGAUUGAGGGAAUGCAUGGAAAGUUCUUGGAUGGUAGGGUCAUAUUUGUGGAAGUUGCUAAACCAAGAUCAGAGCUACGGCAAAGAUUUAAGCAAGACACUAGAUUGUAAUGAAAGCCCAAAGGACACAUUAGCCAUGUGUUCAUUGUGGUGUGCUAUAAUCACAUUUUAGUAUUGGAUUAAACAUCUACAGUUAUUGUGUUUGACACUAUAUGCAAGGUUCCCUACUUGAUGAAACUUUCUUUUGGGUCCUUUCUUUUCAUUCACCCCGUUCCACCCUCAACAUUCGGCAAUGGAACUCAUUCAAGCACUGUAACAUGACUGCCAUUGCAUUAUUCUGCAUGCAUUUGUCAUGCUUGUGCCAUACGUGUCUAAUGUACUUAUUGACAAUGUUAUAUAAAUGCCAAUGGCGUGUACUGAAGUAAUUGUUAAC